AGUGUUAACUUUCAUCGCAUUUCACGGGUUGUGCUUUUCAGCUUCCAUGCCUGGACGAUGAUUCCACCAGGAGACUGUCUGUAUGCUGGGAGGAAAAGACGGAAACCCAUUCAAAAACAGAGGCCUGCCCUUGGAAAUGGGAAGUCCAAUCCUUCCAAGAGACACCGAGACCGCCUGAAUGCUGAAUUAGAUCACCUGGCCAGCCUCCUGCCUUUCCCGCCAGACAUCAUCUCCAAACUGGACAAGCUGUCCGUCUUGCGUCUCAGUGUCAGCUACCUUAGAGUCAAAAGCUUCUUCCAAGCUGUUCAAGACAAGCACCUGUCCAAGCAAGGGAGUAAUGGACUGAAGGAAGUGGGCUUUCUCAAGAAUCCUGUCGUACCUGGUGAACAUGGGCUCUUACUUGAGACACUGAGUGGUUUUGCACUUGUGGUGAGCGCUGACGGAAUGGUAUUCUAUGCAUCCCCAACAAUAGUGGAUUAUCUAGGAUUUCAUCAGACUGAUGUAAUGCAUCAGAAUAUAUACGAUUAUAUUCACGUGGAUGACCGGCAAGACUUCUGUAGACAACUGCACUGGGCCAUGAAUCCGCCACAACUGCUGUCUAGUCAGAACACACAGACGGAGGCAGGAGAAGAAUUCAUCCUUAAUAAAAUGUUUAAAGCACAGGAGAAUAACACGACGCCAACAGACUUUUCGCCCUUCUUAACUCGUUGUUUUACUUGUCGAAUCCGCUGCCUUUUAGAUACUACUUCUGGCUUCCUUACAAUGCAAUUUCAAGGCAAACUAAAGUUUCUCUUUGGACAAAGAAAGAAAUCUCCCUCUGGAGAGGCAUCACCUCCUCAGCUGUCCUUAUUCUGCAUCGCUGUGCCUGUUCUGCUGCCUUCCGCGACCGACAUGAAGUUAAAAAGCCUUCUCAUGAAAGCAAAAUGCAGGCCUGAUAAUGCUGCCACAGCAUACACAAACCCAAAGGCUAUUUCAGGACAGCAUGUGGAUGAUUUCCAUGGAAGGAGCAAUUUUCUAGAAGGAAAGAAUAAUAAAGACAUGAUGAAAUGGCAAGCAAACGAAGAUCUCUGGGUUUGGAUACAAGCAAAUUCACAAGUUUGUUGUAGAAACGGUUCGUCUGACUAUGCCACUGCCCUCCGUCAAGCUCCCAAGGAAGGCGACAAUCAUCAGAAGAUACCCAACAGCACAGCAAGCCUGAAAGGGAACAGAGAUACGCUCGAACUAAUGAAGCACCACAAAUGGACCACAGCGAAAAAAGAGCAGGACUGCAUAAAAGUCAAGUUUGAGCCUCACACAGAUGACGACGAAUGUUUUAGUCAGCAAGAAUAUGUCAGUUCUAAUGGGUUGCUCUUUGGCAUUCAACACGGUAACAGUGCAAAUGGCACGUGGACAUCGAGGAAUUCAUCGAGUUCUUGUACUAGAGGGCAGCACAACGAGAAUAUGUGCCCAAACAAAACUCUGAGACCAUUCUACAGUAGAGACCAGCGAAUCUUCGGUUUAUCGGCUGCCUGUUCAUCGCACUGGGGGGGCAUAGAAAAUUGCCAGCCUCAUCCACACUUGCCACAGUACACAGCAGAUGGGCAUUCAGCAGAAGGCACCAAACCGCAGUAUCCACUAAUAUCUCCAGAGGCGCUGUGCAACCCACAGAACAUGCCGAUCAAAACUGAAUACGACUCAGAUUCUGAAAACGUCGUUCACAGUUAUGCCGUUUCCCCAAGUCGAGUCUGGACGGAUGAAAAGAGUGCGGCAAAGAAGGCCUCAGGUCAUUUCCCUAACAGGGUUCAUCUCAAAGCAGAACUGGACUUCAGUGAACAGCCGCCUCUGUGCCAAAGUCCAAAGCGCUGGGUUUAUUCACCAUAUAAUUGGCAACGCCUUGUGAUGCAUCACACCAACAACAUCGGUCGAAACGGAUCUGGCAAAGGCGUGCACUACAAGGAGACAACUCCGCUGGGCCCCCAGAACCCCAUCUGUGUAGAAACUACAGAGGAUAUGCAAGGAACGUAUUGCUGUAAUACUUUUUAUAAUACCAGUUUUGUAGAUGAGAGAGAGCUAAAUACCCAGGUGCUGAAGACACACUGUGAGUUUAAGAACCCCAGCUUUAUUCCAACAAUCAAGCACGAACCUUUAGAUUCUCCGCCUGUAUCUGCAAGUGGUCAGAAUGGAGUCCAAGCUACUUUCUCGGAUUAUGUAUUUGGCUCUCAGCCUCAUAAAAUAAUGGGGUGCGCGUUUUCACAACAAACGGUGUAGUGUGUCAAAAUGUGUAUAAGUGUUGCUUGCAGCAUCGGUAGUGCAGAGACAGGACAAGAAAAAGGUACUUCCUCUUGCUGAGCAGUGCCGUGCCUUGCCUAACACAUGAAUUGUGGGCAACUUGCGCUCUGAUUCUGGGCGCACGUCACCCACAAAACAGGGUAUAUAGAAGUGCCCUUAAUUUUUACUAAACCACACUGUGAUAUCUUG